AUGGCUCAAUACUAUCCACAACAGCCGGGCUACGCCCCUCAGGGCACCGCACCACAGAAUCUCCAGUUCUUCCCCUCGUCCUACUCCUCGGUUUCCGGUCACACAACCCCCCUCGCAAGCAUCCUACGGCGCUGGAUAUGGCGGGGCUCCCAAUCCUUCCGCGCAGGCUUAUCCUGCCGGAGGUGGGGCGGCUUGAGGACGGGUUGGUUGGCUGCAUUUGGGACGGAGGGGUAUGAUGGUGAACCACCGUUGCUUGAAGAGUUGGGUGUCAACUUUGAACAUAUCCGGACCAAGACUCUGACUGUUUUGAAUCCCUUCGCCUCUAUCGAUAAUCACCUUAUGGACGAUAGCGAUCUCUACGGAGCUCUGCUAUACAUCGUCUUGUACGGCACUUUCCUCCUGCUCUCAGGCAAGGUGUUCUACGGCUAUAUCUACGGCGUGGCAGUUUUUGGUACUGUCGCUUUGCAUUUGAUCCUCAGCCUCAUGUCUCCCGCUCUCGACACCGUCCCGACUCCGAACGCCGCCGACCCUACCAACUACAACCCCCACCACAAACCCUCCAUGUCCGGUGCCUCGGCCGCCGGCCACUUCUCUGCUACUCUGACCUUCCCGCGCUCCGCUAGCGUGCUAGGCUACUGCUUCCUUCCUUUGGUGCUUACCAGUCUCAUUGGUAUCCUGAUUCCCAUGGAUACCAUGUUCGGCUAUCUCUUGACUAUUGCCGCUGUUGGCUGGUGCACAUACAGUUCAUCAGGGAUGUUCUGCGCCGUGGCGCGUAUGAGUGGGAUGAGGGGUCUCGUGGCGUAUCCGUUGGCUCUAUUCUAUGUUGUUUUUGGAAUUAUGGGUAUCUUCUCUUCGCGUGGCACUGGCUCGCUAGCUGCGAAGACAGGUGCAGGUGCGGCUUGA